AUUGCCUCUUGUGAGCCCUCCCCUGAGCGUGGGAGGGAACAGAGGCGCCAGUGCCAUCGUGUCCUUGGGUCUGUGUCCCCCAGGGAGCAGCCCUGGGCCUGCCAGGACACCAGAGCAGAGGCCAGGGAGCCUGAGGUGCUGCCUGGUACAGCUGCUGCUCCUGGGGCUCUCUGCACAGGUGUCCAUCCUCCACUCCCCUCGUUUUGUAACCCCUGGGGCUGCGUUCUGGGCUCUCACUCAGGUGUGCUGGUCCUGGAGCCUCUGCACUUCGCAAAUGAAGCCCCUCGGGGGGACCUCGCCGGGACAGGGGGAGGAGGAGGAGCAGGGAGCGGCCCAGGGGCGGCGGCGGCGGCAGCGGCACAGGACGAGCUGCCGACCCAGCCCCUCACCGCGGAGGGAGCAGCAGGCAGAGCUGGCCGGGCUCCCCGCAUCUCCGGAUGAAGGCAGGAUGAGCAGUCCCCAGGGACACCCAGCUGGGGCUUUGGCCACGAGUGAGCAGAGCGUGGAUCAAGUCAGCGAGGAUCCAGGCAGGGCCGUGCAGGAGCCGGCUGUGCACCCUGGGGACAGUGACAGGACUAAAGAAGAUGCUGAAACCCCGGAGGAGCCACUGCUGAGUCUCCCCAGUGAGCUCUCAGUGCUGGACAGACUUGGCUUGAACAGGGUGGCUUUGACAGAGCAGGAUCUGGAGGCAGCCUUUGCCCACCUCGCCCUGGCUUUUCGCUGCGACACGUUCACCCUGCAGCAACGGGUGCAGGUGGAGAAACGGGCACGGGAUGCAGCAGAGGAAAACAUCCAGGAGGAGCUGGGGCAGUGCCGAGCUGCCCUGGAGAGGCUGGGCCGGUCCUGUGCCAGUGCAGGCUGCAAGGAGACGCUGGAGCAGCUGCAGCACAACCUGGCCGUGCUGUCAGCGGCCGUUGGGCGGGCAACCAGUGCUGCGGAGAAGCUGGGGGCUGUGCACCAGGAGGCCCGGAUGAGCCGAGCAGCAGAGGUGAUGGUCCAGCACGUGGAGAACCUGAAGCGGCACCACAUGCGGGAGCACGCGGAGCUGGAGGAGAUGAAGCGCCUGAUCCAGCAGAACUCCCGCAACCGGCAGCUGGCGGAGACCCAGGAUGAUGUGGAGCCACGGCUGAGACCUCACCCCCUGAAGAGAACUUUCCAGCAGGGGUCUGCCCGCCGCAGGGUCAGCAUCGCCGUCAUCCCCAAGCAGCUCCUGCCAGGUGCCAGCCUUGAGAGCCGAGCAGCCCCAGCAGCUGACCUGGAGCCAGAGGCGGCCCAGCGCUGGCCCAGCACCCAGAGGACUGAGCUGGAGCCACAGGGCCAGGACAGCGCCGUGACCGGGAAGCUGGUGGCAGAGGCAGAUGGCAGAGGCUCAAGCACUGGGGAUGAGGAGCCAGAGCAGCUUGAACUGACGUCCAAGGGGUCUGCAGCGGAGCUCUGGCGUCCCUGGCUCUUCUUCCCACAGCACUACUGGGUUUUCUUCUGGCUGCUUCUCCUGAGCAUCGCCUUCCUCCUCCUCAUCCGUGUCCUGGAGUUGCAGCGGCUGCAGUCUGCAGCCUCAUCCAAGGCCUAGCUGGACCAGGGAGGGGAAGCUGAGAGACAUCUCUGCUCCUCCCCCAUGUCCUAAACCACCAAAACCCUAGAAUAAUAAAA